AUUUAUAAAAAUUUAUAUUAUAAACAACAGCAGUGAUAUUAUUAUUAUUAUCAACUGUUGUUGUUGUAAUAUUUGUUUUUGCUUUUUUUUUCUUAUUGGUAGGGGGUGUGGUACAUGUGGGUCCUAUCAACACUAUGAGCAUGCUAACUAAUGGAUAAUGAUCAGUCAACAACGGCCCCUGCAGCGCAAGUAAGAGAAAAUCAUUCUGGCAUCUGAGGGGCGAUGAGAUGAAUGUGGUGUUAAAGGUUUUGAAUUCUGCUUGGAAAGAAAUUUCGCUGGCAUCUCUUUGACUCGAGUUGUAGCAAAUACUGUGAGAGAAGUUUGAAACGAUGAACCGUGACCAUGAGGAUGAACACGGUGGCCGGUCACCAACUGGAUCAAAAUCCACGGAUGAUCCGCAAGUUCAUUCAGUUCCAAAGUCAUCUGACGAAAAAGACUUGGAAUCUACCAGAACACGUCUAAAGGAUAGUGAGCUAUCACCAACCGAUGAACUCUCUGGGAAGGAAAUCUCAUGUCUUAUUUCUCCGCUUAGCAAAAUGAAACCAGUAGCAUUUGAUGUGCAUAUCAAAGAAGUCCCAGCAGAUGUGAAAAAGCCAUUUCAGGAUGUUCUAAACGCUCCUGGCAGUGACAACAGUGAUUCUUUUCCUGUCAGCGUUCAGCUACCCGCAAACCACCUCAAAAACUUGCAUAUCACCGCUUAUAAAGCAACACACCAUCAUCGCAAAAUGAGCCGCUCCUCCACCUCCACGUUGAAGAGCCUGAAAGCCCCUGCUGAAGAUCUGUGUGCAUCCUUUCUGUUAGCGUGUUUGUUCUGCAAGUUUUGGGAUUGCUUGCUGGCCGUUGGUGACGGGUGUCAGUACUGCGUGACCUCAAUCUGUACAUCCUUCUGCUCUCACGUGUGUUGUUGCGACCCUUCCUCUCUGGAGGACUUCAUAGAUUUUUGCCCGUGUUGCAGCUGCGCUGAGUGCGUGGAGGCGUGCGGCUGCAGUUGUGCAGAAAACGCCUUUGACUGCUCCAUUUGCGAUCUCUGUCUACAGACGACUGAGUGCCUGGAGCUCGGCAUGGAACUCUCUCAGCUUCUGUUUCACUAGCUGCACAGUCUCACUGUUAUUAAUGUACUGGUCAUGACAAUCUGAUAUGGCUGGAAUGGAAUGUAGCGAAUGUAAUGUGCUGAUUUUACAAGCAUGUAAUUCUGCUGGUUGAUUGUGGCUGUGAUACUGCACGGCUGCAUUUGAUACUGCAUCAGAGGAAAAAAUCAUAUACUGUUCACAUAUCACCUGAACCAGAAUAUAUAAAAAUAUUGAAAAGUUUUUGUCCAGCUCAUUACAAUUUGAGAGUAAAUUUAAUUGUCAAAGAUACACUGCAAAAAAAACGAUUUUCUUCCUCAGUAUUUUUGUCUUGUUUCCAGUACACAUAUCUAAACAUUCUUAAAUCAAGAUACAUUUACUUGAGAAGAAAAAUGAUUAAGAUAUUAAGUCUUGUUCACUAAAAAAUCGAUCAGAAUUAAGUGACUUUAUGCUUGAAACAAGAACAAAAUAUCUGCCAGUGAGAGAAGAAAAAUAAUCUUGUUUUGCAGUGUAUAACUCUUAUUUGCUUAGAAAAUAACCUUUUUUUUCUUCAUAUUAUCUUUUUAAUAUGCAUUAUGUUUGUGUGUGUGUAUAUAUAUAUAUAUAUAUAUAUAUAUAUAUGUGACCCUGGACCACAAAACCAGUCAUAAGUCGCACGGGUAUAUUUGUAGCAAUAGCCAACAAAACAUUGUAUGGGUCAAAAUUAGCGAUUUUUCUUUUAUGCCAAAAAUUAUUAGGAUAUUACGUAAAGAUAAUGUUCCAUGAAGAUAUUUUGUAAAUUUCCUAGUGUAAAUAUAUCAAAAAUUUAUUUUUGUGAGUGGAUAUGCAUUGCUAAG